GGGUCAUAAAUCCCCGAUGUACUCGAAUUAGACAAUAAUUAUUUUCCGAGAAAAUUACAAUCGUAGAAUAAUAAUUUCGUCUUCUUAAUUAUGUCCACCGCACAACGACAACAAUUGCAGUUAGUUUGAAGGCCACCAGUCUCUCACUGAAGUCUGCCAACCCAACCACCGCAAUAAAUAUUCGUUUCUUUUCCCCUUUCAUUUAAUUUAAUUACCAUGCCUUUCUCAAAUGUCAUUUCUCCUUGUUAUCAACUCCAAUUCUCGCUUUCAACUUUCCGGGGAAUCCGAAUCGCUUCUACAUCACUCAUCCCUCUCUCUCUCUCUCUGCACACACGCUUCACUUCUCCCACAACAACCUAACCCCUAAUCUAACAGUUGAUCACUAAUUUUAGAAGAAAUAACGGCGGAGGGAGAGAUGGAAGUGGAGCAAUCGAGAACGGACUAUCCAGCCACGACCUUCGAUGAGGUCUCCAUGGAGCGCAGCAAGAGCUUCGUCAAAGCCUUGCAGGAACUGAAGAACUUACGGCCUCAGCUCUAUUCCGCUGCAGAAUAUUGUGAAAAAUCUUAUCUUCGUAGCGAGCAGAAGCAAAUGGUAUUGGACAACCUGAAAGAUUAUGCCGUCCGGGCUCUUGUCAAUGCUGUUGAUCACCUAGGUACCGUGGCUUACAAGUUGACUGAUCUUCUUGAGAAACAAAUGUUGGACUCGUCCACCAUGGAGCUGAAGGUUUCUUGUCUAAAUCAGCAACUUCUUACAUGCCAAACAUACACAAGGCAAGAAGGUCUUAGGCAGCAGCAGCUGUUGGCGAUUAUCCCUAGACAUCACAAGCACUACAUUUUACCGAAUUCUGUCCGUAAGAAGGUGCACUUUAGCCCCCUUGUACAGACUGAUCCCAGGCAAAAUCAUUUCCAAGGCAUAUCUCAUUUCCAACCGUCAGGUAGCCCUGCCUCGAAAACUCUUUCCUGGCAUAUGGCCUCAGAAACAAAGUCUACCACCUUGAAAGGGACUUCAGAGGCUUUGACUAGCAAUGAAGAACCAAAAUCUUAUGGGAAAACAUCUGGGGUUUUCAAUCUGUUGGAUAAUGAAGUGAAUACAUGGACAAAAUCUUCUGUAGCUCCAGUUCUUUUAGCAAGUGGAGGUCCUGCAGUAAUGCAAACAUUUGGUGUCACACACAGGGACCAGUUGGAGGGAACCAAACCUUUGACAGCAUUCAGAUCAUUUGACAAGCCAAGGCGUGAGAGGGUUCGUGCCCCAGUUCGUAGCAAAAGCGUACUUUCAGCUUUCUUUGUCAAACAAAAAACUGCCAAGAUGAAGGCCACUUACGUCUCCUGAAUUGAAUCUUUAGCGAGUUGAUCAUGUCAAUUGCCAGCCAAACCUUCAUCAUGUUGCCUGUUGUUCUUGUAUGCUUGUUGAUAUCAUCAGUUUCCGUACCUUGUUAAUUGCUACAGAUAAUAACUUGCUUUACUCCGAUCAUUUCAUAGCAUUUGAUGACGGGAAAGUAUUUGUCUAGGAAGCCAGUAAUGUAGAAUCGCCAUUCUUAGCCCCGAGCAUUGAUUGAUUUUAUUCUGUUAGUGCAGAUUAUGCAUGCUCUAUGCCAACCAGUCCCUUGUAUAGGGAGCCCAUGAUAGAACUAGUCGUUAUUGUUAGUUAACCUGUGUGUCACACGGGAUGAUAUUAAGUAUUUUGAUUAUCAAAUAUUUCUGAAAUAAUAAUAUUUAUAAUUUGUUAUUAUUUUA